AACAAACCUUUGCCGUAAAGUAAUUCGUUGAUGGGGAGCCAAAAUGGCCGCAACCAUGACAGGAUGCGGUAUUGCGUCAAUAAGGAGUAUGUUUGGACUUUUUUAUCCGAGGUUAGCGACAGGAGCCGCCGGUCCUCAACAGAUGUCUUGCCUCCACACCAGCACUACAAGAGAAGAAAAACACUGGGAGAGGAAGAACAAGAUCGUUUAUCCGCCUCAGCUGCCUGGCGAGCCCCGCAGACCUGCAGAGAUCCAUCAUUCUAGGAGACAGAUCAAGUACAGCAAAGACAAGAUGUGGUACCUGGCUAAAAUGAUUAGGGGGAUGAGCAUCGACGAGGCUGUGGCACAGUUGCAGUUCAAUGACAAAAAAGGGGCCAAGAUUAUGAGAGAAGUUCUCUUGGAAGCUCAGGAGAUGGCGGUGAAGAAUCACAACGUGGAGUACAAGUCCAACUUGUAUGUGGCCGAGUCUCACACGGGCAAAGGCAUGUACCUGAAGCGCAUCCGCUACCACGGCAGAGGCAUGUUCGGCAUCAUGGACAAAGUCUACUGCCACUAUUUUGUCAAGCUGGUGGAGGGCCCGCCGCCCACCAUCGAGCAGAAGACAAGCCUAGACCAGGCCAACGAAUACGUGGAGAGCCUCAAGAGGAGGACCAUCAUACACAGUCUGUAGGGCAAACGGCCAUCAUGAGUGUGAGUGCGGCAAUAUAUUUGUUUGUUUGUUUUUUUUUUUGUCAAUAAAUGCCUGAAGAGACACUCUUA